AUGGCUGCUGCCCGCCAAUCCCUUGCCCGGUCUCUCCCCGCUCUCCGCGCUGCUUCUCCCCGCACGGUGCUGGCUUCACCUGCUCGGGCUUCAGCUCGCUCUCUUUCGACGACCUCCACUCUAUCGGCCUCUUCAGUGCUGGCCGCUCAGCGCUCUUCGUCCUCAUCCUCCUCCUCCCCUUUGAUUGCUACGCGCAGACUGCACGUUACAGCCCAGCAACUCGCCCCCGCAACAACUACCGCGGCCACUACCGCCACCGAAUAUCCGACAGAUCACAAGACCAUUGCCAACCCGAUUGAUACCACCAAUUUCAUCGACAACCAGUUCGUUUCGUCCAAGGCUACCACAUGGAUUAACUUGAACGAUCCUGCCACCAACAACCUCGUCACCCGAGUCCCUCAGAGCACCGAUGAGGAACUGCGGGCAGCCGUCGAGUCGGCCGAGAGGGCCUUCCCGGCCUGGCGGGCAACCAGUGUCAUUGCCAGGCAACAGAUCAUGUUCAAGUUUGUCAGCUUGAUCCGCGCUAACUGGGACCGAUUGGCCUCCUCGAUCACCCUGGAGCAGGGCAAGACCUUUGCCGAUGCCAAGGGCGACGUUCUCCGCGGAUUACAGGUGGCCGAAACCGCCUGCGGCAUCACCACUCAGCUCACCGGCGAAGUGCUCGAAGUCGCUAAGGAUAUGGAGACCAGAAGUUACCGAGAGCCUCUAGGAGUUGUCGCGGCCAUCUGCCCCUUCAACUUCCCCGCCAUGAUUCCCCUUUGGUGUAUUCCUGUUGCGACAGUGACUGGAAACUGUCUCGUCCUUAAGCCUUCAGAGCGGGACCCCGGUGCCGCCAUGAUCCUGGCCGAAUUGGCCAGGGAGGCUGGCUUCCCUCCUGGUGUGAUCAACCUGGUCCACGGUUCCGCCAAGACCGUCGAUUUCAUCCUGGAUGAGCCUGCCAUCAAGGCCAUUAGCUUUGUCGGCAGCAACAAGGCGGGUGAAUACAUCUACACCCGUGGCUCCGCCAAUGGCAAGCGUGUGCAGGCGAACCUCGGCGCAAAGAACCACGCCGCCGUGCUUCCGGACUGCAACAAGAACCAGACCCUCAACGCCAUUGUCGGCGCUGCGUUCGGAGCCGCUGGUCAGCGAUGCAUGGCCCUGUCCACCGUCGUGAUGGUCGACGAGACCAAGGACUGGCUUCCUGAGAUGGCCGAACGCGCCAAGGCCCUGAACGUCAACGGCGGAUUCGAAGAGGGCGCCGAUCUGGGCCCUGUCAUCAGCCCCGAGAGCAAGAAGCGCAUCGAAGACUUGAUUGCCAGCGCCGAAGAAGAGGGUGCCACCAUCCUCCUUGACGGACGAGGCUACAAGCCCAAGAACUACCCCAACGGCAACUUUGUCGGCCCCACCAUCAUUACCAACGUCACCCCCGACAUGAAGUGCUAUAAGGAAGAGAUCUUCGGACCCGUGCUGGUCUGCCUCAACGUCCCCACCCUGGAAGACGCCGUCGACCUGAUCAACAACAACGAGUACGGAAACGGCGCCGCCAUCUUCACCCGCUCCGGUCCCACCGCCUCGCGCUUCCAGAAGGACAUCGAGGCCGGUCAGGUCGGUAUCAACGUCCCCAUCCCCGUGCCUCUGCCCAUGUUCUCCUUCACCGGCAACAAGAAGAGUAUUGCCGGCGGUGGCGCCAACACCUUCUACGGCAAGCCGGGAUUGCAGUUCUACACUCAACAGAAGACGGUCACGAGUUUGUGGAGAGGCGAGGAUGCCAUCAGCACCAAGGCUAACGUGGUGAUGCCGACUCACUCGUAA